CCUUAUUAGCCACUAAUAUUGCAACCCAUUGUACUGAUUAAGUAGCACACAAAUCAAAUGUCGUCUUCUUCUUCUUCAACUACUCACUCCUUGGCAUUAGCAACCACAUAUGUAGUAGUUUUACUUCUGCUACAUGUACCUAACUAUAAUGCUCAACUGAACUCUACAUUUUACUCCACCACCUGUCCAAACGUGACAAGCAUUGUGCGCAGUACGGUUCAACAAGCUUUGCAAUCUGAUUCGAGGAUUGGUGCAAGCCUUAUUCGUCUCCAUUUCCAUGAUUGCUUCGUCAAUGGUUGUGAUGCUUCAAUCUUAUUGGACAAAAAUGGAACCAUACAACAGAGUGAGAAAGAUGCAGCUCCAAACACCAACUCCACUCGAGGCUUUGAUGUGGUUGACAAUAUCAAGACUGCUCUGGAAAAUUCAUGCCCAGGUGUUGUAUCUUGUGCUGACCUUCUUGCGCUUGCGGCUGAAGCUUCUGUUUCUUUGUCAGGAGGCCCUUCAUGGAAUGUAUUAUUAGGGAGAAGAGACAGCCUAACAGCAAACCAGGCUGGAGCCAAUACCUCUAUUCCUUCACCUUUUGAAAGCUUAGCAAACAUUACUUCCAAGUUUUCUGCUGUUGGCCUGAACACCAACGACCUCGUUGCAUUAUCUGGGGCACAUACAUUUGGACGAGCUCAAUGUCGAACAUUUAGCAAUCGAUUGUACAACUUCAACAGCACAGGAAACCCCGAUCCAACACUGAACUCAUCUUACUUGACCACUCUCCAACAAACAUGUCCACAAAAUGGGAGCGGAACUGCUCUAGCCAACCUCGAUCUCAGCACUCCAGAUGCGUUUGACAACAACUACUUCACAAACCUUCAAAACAAUCAAGGCCUUUUGCAAUCCGAUCAAGAGUUAUUUUCGACGGCAGGGGCUGCCACAGUUUCCAUUGUUAAUAGCUUUAGUAGCAACCAGAGCGCCUUCUUUGAGAGCUUUGCUCAGUCGAUGAUCAAUAUGGGAAAUAUCAGUCCACUAGUGGGAACCAGUGGGGAGAUUAGGUUGGAUUGUAAGAAUGUCAAUGGAGGUUAAAGUCAUGAGUGCAUGAGUGGAGCACAUCUAGUUCCAUAAUUGGGUCAUAAUUAUAUUUGAUAGAUGAAGGUUUUGUGUUACAAACUAUACGAUCCAAUAAGCAAUAAUAUAAACACUGUGGAGCA